UAAAAAGGGGUUGAGGGCAUGACCAAGAUGUGUAGUGCAAGGGCACAUGAAGCCAGCAGAGAUUCCAUUCUGUUGAGAACUUGAGAUAGUGCUGCUCAACAGCCUUCUAUAGUGCAUGCAUGCAAUGGGGAAAUCACCAGCACUACCACUCUACUAUCUUCUUCUUAUCACCUUGGUGGCAUUCUACUUGUUGAUUGUUUCUUCCAAUGCUAUACCUCUGUCAAGAGUGCAAAGGCUGCCCUUGCAAGAGUCCAGUGAUAUGCCAUUGGUCAGAGGCAUCAGCACAGCAAAGCCAAAGAUAGAAAUGGAGAGAUCCAUUGUCAUCCCAGGGGAGGACGUUGUGAUUAAUGCGAGGGUGGCUUUGGAGACACAGGACUAUCCGCCCUCAGGCCCUAACAACCACCACAAGCCACCGGGUUGGAGCUGAGCUAGCUAGCUACGAUCCAUCACUUAUAUUGAAUUGUGCUUCAAAUCUCAACGAUCAGAGCAGUUUUAACGUCCUUGAGAAUGGUACCAGGAGAUACCACUUUUUUCUAUAUAAAUUUUGGUACCUCUUGAUCUCUUAGGUACUAGAAGAUACCAAAUUUUAUAUUAAAAUUUUGGUAUCUCCUGGUACCUUCUCAAGCACCGUAAAAUUGCUCUAAUGAUCAUGUGCAUGCAGUCCCUAUAGCCGCGCGUGCCCUUUUCCCUUCAUGUGUGAUGAUCAUAUUGCAAAUUUUAAUGUUGUCCAUGUCUCUUGUCGCUGUGUGUGUAUCCAAGUUGUUACCCUUAAUUAAAAAGCAAGCAGCUAUUUAAGGAUGUAUGAGACGCAUGUGCCUGUUAAUUCUACACAUGGCAGUGAUCAUAUAUUCAUAUGUAACAAGAGGUUAAUAGAUCGACUUGAAUUUAACUGAGUCUUGUUCCGUCCUUGUAAGUUGUAACUGUGUGCACAAUAUUUGUUCCUCUCUCUCUCU